GAUAUCUUAGCAAGAUGAAAACUGAUAAGUUGUUUUUGGGGGCAACAAAACAGGAACUCCAUUAGCUGUCAACAGCUCUGUACAGCAAGCAUACUGCUCCCCCCUCCAUUUGCUUCCUCCCCCUUCCCUUUCCCCUGCCGAUCUGGUCUCAUCCAUGGCACUCAGGAGGCAAGUGAAAAACUUUGUGAAAAAUUACUCAGAGGCACAAGUUAAAGUCCGGGAAGCAACUUCGAAUGACCCUUGGGGUCCUUCAAGUUCUCUGAUGUUAGAUAUCAGUGACUUGACCUUCAAUACAGUUUCUCUCUCAGAAAUUAUGAGUAUGCUGUGGCAGAGACUCAAUGACCAUGGAAAGAAUUGGCGCCAUGUAUACAAGUCCCUCACACUCAUGGAUUACCUGAUCAAGAAUGGAUCCAAGAAAGUCAUUCAGCUUUGCCGAGAGGGCUUCUUUAACAUUCAGACAUUAAAAGAUUUUCGUCACAUAGAUGAAGCUGGAAAAGACCAAGGUUACUAUGUCCGGGAAAAAUCUAAACAAAUCAUCACUUUGCUGAUGGAUGAGCAGCUGCUGCAUAAAGAGCGUGAGGUGGCAAGUCGGACUAGAAGGCGGACAUCCUACUCAAUGACGUUUCCGAAAAGAUUGCCUGGUGCGGGCCACUCCUCGACUCACUUACCAGGCCCUGCUCUGGCAUCGGACACUUCCACUUCAGAGAACAAGCGUAAACUUCUCAAGGUCUCAAGGCUGCACCUCACAAGAAGUACUUCCAAGACAGAAUUGAGACCAGAGCAAAGCUAUUGUGUCCAUAUGCCGAGCAGAAGUGCAGUGUCCCAGGAAGCGCUACCACUCAAAAUAAAUGCCUGGAAAUCAGCAGAAGAUCUGAUGGUAUUUUAUGAUGAAGAACCAAAGCAACUUUUGUCAACAGCAUCUCCCACGAUCCCUUUGACCUCACUGGCAACAGAAGACUGUGAAGAAGGAUAUAACCUUUGGGAUUCAGAUGCUGCGCCUGUUCCUUUGGAAAAAAGUCCGUCUCUGCAUACAAAUCUGAGCUUGGGCAAAAGGCUAGACAGCUUGGGCAUUGACCGACUCGAUUUAUCAAAUCUUGCCCUGGAAAACACUAUGCCACAAUCUCUAGAGCGUUAUUCCCCUCAGAAAAACUGUGGCGCCUUGGGAACUAUGCAGGGCCUUUGGCCAUCCGGAAGAGAAGAGGCUGGCAAUACCAACAUAAGGGUGUCAAAGUCUGACCCUUUCUUCCAUAGAUCUCAGGUUUCUGUAGAGACCCUCUAUAUGUCUCCCUCCUUCAAAACCUUUGAGCCCUUGAAGGAGAGUUCAGUUAGCAAGGAGUGCCCCAAACCAACACAGAGUCCUUCUGAACAGUUUUCUGAGACUAAUAUAACACCAUUGCCAAAUCUCAGCUCCAACAUCGUUAAGAUGGAUGGUGUGGGCCUCAACCCUUUUGCAAGACAUGAUUCGACCAUCUCUGAAGGAACAUCUUCAUCUUUUUCUACCUUCUCCAUCUCAUUCCCUGAUUUAGCCACUCCAGAAAACACCCACCAUCCUUUAGGUCUGCCUUCUGGUAGACCUUCCCAUAGGCCUUCGUCCCGUGGGCCGUCCUCCUCCUCCGUGCUCUUCAAAGAGAUACAGGCCCGAGUUAUCCACCCCUUUGCUCCUUGCCCAACCUCUUCAGAUGAAGACGAGAGUGAUGCCAUCAACCUGUCGGACAUCCUCCCUGAUAACUCCAGCUCUGCAGACAAUCGGACUCUUAGUGCUCUGAGGGGCAACUGGGUCACAUUCCCCUUUCAGGAUCUGCAGCGCCUGACCUCAGCAUCAGAUCCCGCUUCCCUCGGGAGCAAACAACUCCCUGAGGCAACUGGCACCAACACGCCCAUCAUGGCUCUAUUAGGAGACAUCCGAAAGGCUGUUAGGAGAUUGCAUGGAGAUCUGAGUGCUGUGGUCCAAGAGCUGCGCAUUGUCAACAGCCACCUGGUGAAGAUGGAGGCUGGAAACAGCCAACAGGACAGCAAGCCUCUCCAGCCCAGAGUUCCCACAGAUGGUGUCAAUCAGUUCUGA